UCAGUUUCAACUGUUUCAAGAGAAACACCACACCUCGUGCCAUGAUACUUACCGACCAUCAAAUCAGUUGUUGACGGGCACUGGACUAAUUUUCGAAUUGUCGGCAAAUUAUUGUUAUUUAGUGAAUUGUUCUGUGCCGUUGCUGUUGCGCUACUUGCUACCAGCGGCAGUAUCUCGUGGAUACUUUUGAUGAUGUGAAAAAUCAAGAACGUGUCAGCUAGAAAUAAUACUUGUACUUAAACAUUAAAGUUCUUGCAAUGAUGGUGUCUUUACUACUUCCUUUGCUUUUCGUGGCACACACUGUGAUUGCCACUGAAGAUAGUCUAAAAGUGGCAUUUCAAUGGAAAGUUAUUGAUUUUCAAUACCCCACAUCAAACGCCAGGUGGGAGGCAUCAACCUCUAGACAGUUUAUACCAGAGAACAAUGUUCCACUGGGAUUAGAAGUAUAUGGAGAUAGAAUAUUCAUCACCUUGCCGAGAUGGAAGGAGGGAGUUGGAGCUUCUUUAGCUUAUAUUAACACAACAGAUCCCUUAGACUCCCCGAUCCUUCGUCCCUACCCCAAUUGGGAGGCCCAUAACCAAAGGAAAGAAGUACCAGAGUUAGUGUCAGCAUUCAGAACGAAAGUGGACAGCUGCGGCCAACUGUGGGUAUUGGACACUGGAUUCUCAGAUCUCUAUGGCAGGAAUCCUAAACAGAUAGUCCUUCCCAGAAUUGUUAUCUAUGAUUUGAAAACGGACAAACUAGUGCGAGUUUUCCCAAUUCCAGACGAACAGUUUAACAAGGACGACAGUUUCUUUUCGAAUAUUGUGAUAGAAGAAGACGGCUGCGAUAAUAGUAUUGCGUACCUGGCCGAUUUGGGAAAACCUUCGUUGGUGGUGUAUGAUUUUAAGCAAAAUAGAUCAUGGAUUGUUACCCAUCAUUAUUUCAAUAUAGAUCCUGCUGCAGGGAGCAUGAAUGUAUCUGGGGUCACAUACCAGGGGUCUGAUGGACUUUAUGGACUGGCCCUAUCGGAGAAAAACGAAGAAGGUUUCAGCACCUUAUACUUCCAUCCUAAGACAAGCUUCAACGAAUUCACCGUGAGCACGAAAGUCUUGAGAAACGAGACCGCUCUUCAGAACGCAUCGGCUGUGUUUGAGGAGUUCAAAUUACUCGGCUCGCGGGGACCAAAAGCUCAAAGUGGAGUUUCAUUUUUGGAUAAAAAAACAGGCGUUUUGUUUUAUUCAUUAGUGAAUCUUAACGCUGUGGCUUGCUGGAGAACUUCUCUUCAGAAUUACACCAUACAAUCUCAGGGAAGGAUCUUUAUGAGCAACGAGCUUAUGGUGUCUCCGAAUGAUAUUAAAGUGGACCAAAAUGAUACUCUGUGGGUUUUGUCGAACAAACUACCUGUAUUCUUGCAUAAGUUUUUGGACUACAAGGAAUACAACUUCCGGAUAUUGAAAUCGUCCGUUAAAGAAGCUAUAGCAGGCACUGCGUGUGAUUCGAAAAUAAAAUACAACCAUACCAUUAUGAUGAACAUAACUGGCAAUAGCCGGGGCGUAAAUAUGACUGGUAGCACUGGUGCUAUGUCUUUAAACAUGAUGUACAUUACGAUAGGAGCUCUAUUAUUGUUAUUAUCUAGCAGGUAAAUGCCUAAAACCACUUUCUGGGAAUGAAUACAACCAAAUGUAAAAUACUAAAAGUCAAAGCAGCUGCAAUAGUUUUUUUAAGAGUAAAUGUAAAUUAUUUAUUUGAUUGUUCUCUUAGAAUUUAAGUAACUAUUUAUUAAUGACCCAGGUAGUGAGAAAUAUAUAGCUCAGUAGUAGGAGCUGUUGAUGUAAAUCUGAAAGUUUGAGAACUGAAAACCAAUUUUUUUAUUACUACUGUAAUAACAAUAUUCCUUUUAUCUUUUUCUUCUUCUUCUUCUUCUUCUUCUUCUUCUUCUUCUUCUUCUUCUUCUUCUCGUAGCACUCCAACCCAAGGUGAGUCUUGGCCGACUGCACAACCAGCUUCCAUCUCGAACUGUCGUCCAUGAUAGUUGGAUCAGUGAGUAGCCCCAUUGUUUUUAAAUCUGACCAUAUUAUGUUAUCUCUCCAUCGUAUUUGUGGGCGUCCUGAGAGGCUUCUCCUUGUCGGGGAUUCCUCCCAGACUAACUUAUUAAGGUGGUUAUUAGGGAGUCUAUGAACAUGACCAACCCACCUUAGACGGGAUUUAAUCUCUUGAACUACGUCGCUAGCCCUAUACAUCUGUUUGUCCUCUAGUUCAGAGAAAUAAGGAAAAACAAUAUCCUGUUGGUGACACAGCCCCCUCCAGGCCGAAAUCACAUUUUUUUAGUAGUAUGGACAUCUACAAUAAUAACCUAUUUGUUUCCUGUAGCCAAUUUUGAUGAUAUACAUAGUUAUAAACAAAUGAAGAUCAGAAAACGGUAAAUUUUUCCUUUUUUCGUUUAUUACUAAAAAGUGAAGCAUUUUAAACAAAUUUGACAGUAAUUAGCUCAUAAAUCGUAUAAAAAACUUCAAUAUGACGUUCGCGGAAUAUAUCUAUCCUUAUUGGUUGCUUAGAAAAUUGCAAAAUAAAUAAUAAAUUUUGAAUUUCUCUAAAUAUUCAUAACUUAUGUAAAAAUUAAGUUAGAACCUUCUUAUUACACGGAAUGCUGAUACUUCUUGUGCUUAAAUUAUAUUUUAAAUUUCAAAGCAAUUGGUCAGAUAGUUUAAAAUUUAUUUAAUUUGUUCAUCCCAAAUUAAUUUUUUUUGCAACACUAUAAGUCAGAAAAUGAUGAAGUUACAAUAAUACUUUGGAUAGUUUAUGAAAGAAGAAGAUUUACACUAUUAAUUAUUUACACUAUUAAUUUAAUUUAAAAAAAUGACAAAAAAUAAUUCUGAAUAUUGCAAAAUUAUUUUGCAAGAAAAUGUGAAUUAAAAAAGGGGGCGGGGAACUUCGCCCCUAAUUGUCCUAGGACAAUUGUUUUUCUUUUUAAAUGUGUAUAAAAAUUCAGUCUUUCUAAAUAUGAAAAAAUAAUUUUUCUACGGGCACCGGUUAAAAAGCUAUUCUAAUUGUUUAUAAGUAAGCAAAAAAUCGACAUGUUUUUGCAAAAUAAUUUUACACUAUUUAAAAUUACUUUUUUUCAUUUUUAUUUAAUUAAGUUAAUAGUAUAAAUGUUCUUCUUUCAUAAACUCUCCGAAUUAUUACUGUAACCUCAUAAUUUUCUGACAUAGUGUUGCAAAAAAAUGAAUUUGGGAUAAUUGAAUUAAAUAACUUUCAAACUCAAUCUUUAACACUAAAUAACAACUUGAUCAAUUGCUUUGAAAUUUAAAAUAUAAUUUAAGCACAAGAAGUUUCAGCAGUCCAUGUAAUAAGAAGGUUCUAACUUAAUUUUUACAUAAGUUAUGAACAUUUAUAAAGUCUCAAAAUUUAUGACUUAUUUUGCAAUUUUCUAAGCAACAAAUAAGGAUAGACAUAUUCAGCUAACGCCAUAUUGAAGUUUUUUAUAUGAUUUAUGAGUUUCUUAUUCUCAAAUUUGUUUAGAAUGCUUCACUUGUUAGUAAUAGAAGAAAAAGACGAAAAUUUACCGUUUUUUGAUCUUCAUUUGUUUAUAACUAUGUAUAUCAUCAAAAUCGGAUGCAGAAAACAUAUAGGUUGUUAAUAUACAUGUCCAUACUAUCCAAAAAAUUUGGUUUUGGUCUGGAGGGGGAUGUGUCACGAGAAAAAUCUUAUUUCUCUGGACUACUCAGUAUUUGUUCUCAUUCGGUAUUGGUUCGUGAUAGUAUUCGGGUCGUGAUAGGGUCCCAACAUCCUUCUAAGGAUUGUUCUCUCCAAACAUCUGAAUUUUCUUUCCAUUGCUUUUGUCAGAGUCCACGUCUCACAUCCAUAUAUGAGUAUCGAUCUAAUCACUGUUUUAUAUAUCCCGAUUUUUGAUAUUCUUGUUAGGCUCUUGGAUUUAAUAGUUUCCUAUUAAUAGUUACUAUUAUUUUUGAAUGGCUAUCACAAUUGCUCCAGAUACCACUUUUGACUGUUGAUUUGAAGACUUCUUGCUCGUGUUUAUUUCCAGGAUUGGGCGUUUGUUGCCUAUUCUUAAGACAUGAGGUUUUCUUCUAUCAGAUCCUUGUAUAUAUUCCUUGUCUUAUUAGUUAGAUGAGGUUACAUUUUCUGUUUUUUAAACAUAGUGUCUAAAAUUGAAGUUGCUUGAUUGUCAUGGCGCUUUAAAUUUCCAGUUCUUUUAGUACUUGAGCAUUAUUGAAUUGCAAUACAUAGGUAUUUGGAAAACUUUUAAGUAUUUGCCGAAUCUUUGUUUCCGUAUUUUUCCAUCUAUUUGCAUCAUACAUAAGUAGUAUCUUUGAAUGAGUCUGAAUACAUGGAAUUUGUUACAUUGUAAGCCGAUGUACCAGCUCUUAUUUUAUUUUAUGGGAGGACUACAUCCCUUUUCCAAGGGAUUAUUCAAUGCAAAUUACUGUUUAUUUUCAGUAAUUUGCUUAGAUACAGACUACUUUUUUCGAAUAUUAUUAUAUUCGAUUAAAUAUCAUGUAAGUAAUUUUAUUUGUAGAUUUGUGAUACUUUAUUAGAAUGUAUAAUCAUAUUCAGAUCAAGUAAUUAUUAUCACGUGAAAAUAUUAUUAAUCUAGAUAAAUUAUAAUAUAGGUAAAUACAUGUAUAUUAUAUCUAGGUAUUAUACUAAAUUUACAAUCAAGAUGCAGUAGAGAUAAACAAACCAAGACAACAAAUCAUAAUUUACAAUGUAUAUAUGUACAUUGUAAAUCUCAAAUCAUGAUUUCCAAAGUUUAUAAAUUGUAAAUUAUGAUUCGGGAGUGCUCCUAGUAGCAUUUAACGUGUCUUGUUUUGUUUAUUUCUACUGCAUCUUUAUUGUAAAUUUAGUAUAGGUAUAUAAGUUAUGUAGGUAUUACUAAGUUAAACAAUCUUGAUGUAAACUGAUUAGUAAAAAUAUAGGAUAACUUGAAAUGUUGAAAAAACCGCUCAAUUAUUUAUUAACUCUAUUUAACAAGUUUGUUGGAAUAUAGAACAUUUUAUUCUACUACUAAUUAUUAAUCUACUAAAAGAAAAUUCAGAAACGAUUCAUAAAGAUAUACACAGCGUGUCUACUUGUUGGAGACAUAUGGGAAACUUUUUUAUUAUUAAUUUUACGAAAAAAAGUUAUUCUUCAUAAAAAGUUCUGCAUGCUCUAAAAACUAAGAUUCAAUCAUUAGAUAUCAAAUGUUAUUAAUAUUAUACGAGGUAUGUCAAAAAAUAUGAAUUUCGUUCAAGGGUAAAGUACCUUUAUUUCUCUGAAUAUCGAAAAUUCUUAUUAUGAAAAGUUGUUUGGAAUUAAAAACUGAGAUAAAAUAUGCAAUUAUAUGCUUCUAAAUGAAAAAAAAUAUUUUCCAAACUUUUCUUAAAUUUAUGGAUACUUAACUUCGUUUUAAUUUAUUACACAUAAGAUAACUCUUUUAUUAUUACUUUUACGAAAAAAAGGUAUACUUUAUAAAAAUCUCUGUAUGUCCUAAGCCCUAAAAUGCAACCAUCAGAGAUCACAUUUUAUUAAUUUUUUACGAGGUAUGUCAGCAGAAAAUAUGAAUUUCACUCAGGAGUAAAUCCUUUAUUUUUCACAAUAUUGACAAUUGUUAUCACAAAAAGUUGUUUAGAAUUAAAAACAAUGUUUUAAUAUGCAAUUACAUCCUUCAUAAUCAUAUUUUUUGACACACCUCGUAUCCGUAUAAAAUUAAAACAAGUUGAUAUUAAAUCAUGGUUGUAUCUUAGUUUUUAGACAAUGCAGAGCUUUUUAUGAAGAAUAACUUUUUUUCGUAAAAUGAAUAAUAAAAUUGAAAUUUAAUAAAAAAAUUUUCUCUUGGUAAAAGGUAUAUUAGUUUAAAAAGCCCUAAAGGGCUAAAAACAUAUAAACAAAACGUUUUCGCUCUGUAACAAGAGCAUCAUCAGUGUUACAAGAACAUGGUGAGCUAACCAAAAAUACAAAGGUCAAAGCCUUUCAAAAAACAGACAAAAGUCUUAUAUAAAUGAACACAUCGAAAAAUCCAAAGGGUGGAUAAAAAUUAAAGAGUUGCCUGCCACCUCUUAUAACAUAAUGACCUAGUUAUCUUUUGACCCACUUACCACGUGUGGGAGUCAUAUGUUACCCUAGGGCCGUAUCCUUAGGAAUUUUUAUCCAUCCUUUGGAUUUUUCGAUGUGCUCAUUUAUAUAAGACUUUUGUCUGUUUUUUGAAAGGCUUUGACCUUUGUAUUUUUUUGGUUGGCUCACCAUGUUCUUGUAACACUGAUGAUGCUCUUGUUACAGAGCGAAAACGUUUUGUUUAUAUGUUUGUAGCCCUUUAGAGCUUUUUAAACUAAUAUACCUUUUACCAAGAGGAAAAUUUUUUAUUAAAUUUCACUUGUAAUUAAUGGUAUACAGCCAACUACAGAAAGUUCUUCCUUGUGAAUAAUAAAAGAGUUAUUAUAUUUGUAAUAAAUAAAAACGAUGUUCGGUAUUCAUACAUAUGAGAAAAAAUUGUAAAACAGUUUUUUUUUUCAAUUAGAAGCAUGUAUUUGCAUAUUUGAUCUUAGUUUUUAAUUCCAAACAACUUUCCAUAAUAAGAGUUUUCGAUAUUCAAAGAAAUAAAGGUACUUACUCUUGAACGAAUUUCAUAUUUUUUGACAUACCUCGUAUAAUAUUGAUAAAAUUUGAUAUCUGAUGAUUAAAUCUUAGGUUUUAGAUCACGCAGAACUUUUUAUGCGGAAUAAUAUUUUUCGUAUAAUUAAUAAUAAAAAAGUUUCCCAUAUUUUCCAACUUAAGUAGACACGCUGUAUAUUAUGUUUAUAAGGAUUAGCCACAGUUUGGUUAUAUAGAGAAUUACAUUUUUAUACGUAAAAAAUACUUGACGUUUUGAUUUCCACUCCGGAAAUCGUUUUCAAAAGAUUAAUGAGAAAAUGUGUUGAAAACGUUUGGGUAGAUAUUUUAUGCCCUAUUAUACAUAAAAUUCUGAUUACUCUGUGUGUUUUGUGCAAUAAUUAUAUGUGAUAUGUGGUUCUGUGUUUGUGAAUGUUCAUAAGUUAUCAGUUUGUUGUUGGGGUAUAAAUUGUAAAAAGUAUUUUUGUGUAUUGUGGGUUGCAUCUGUAUAAUAGUGUAUGAUAGAGACUUGUGUCUCACAUUUUCCUAUUUUCUAUUGUUGGUAUGUUUUUGUCGUUCACUUCUUCUUUAAUAGUCCUAGAGGCAGCGCUGAAAAAUCUCUUUGAAUUUACUAAUGCUAGAUUUUUCACAAAAUCUACAUUUUAGACAAAAAGACGAAAGAUAAAAUUAUUACAGAGUGGAGACCAUGGACAUAUAAAAGAAAGAGAGGGAGACCACAGAUGAGAUGGGUAGAUGACCUAAAACACCAAACCGGCUCAAAAUGGAUGCACAUGGCUCAGGAUAGAGAAAGAUGGAGGAGCGAAGGGGAGGAUUAUGUCUAAUAUUGGAUGUCGCAAGGCUAAUAGAUAGAUAGAUUUUUCACAGUUCACUACUGUGAUUGUGUAGAGAAACAUACUGCGGUCGUUCAAGCGAAACGUAGAAAAGGGGUUACUAAGAGGGUAUCAAAGUUGCUUUCCUACGAAGGUAAUUAAAUCCAGUUACUAAGGCUGAAAAUCAGUACACACAUUCUAAAUUGAAUAUAAAUAAUAAAAGUUAAUAUAGUCGGUCAGCUGUAUGACAGGACAGAGCCGGUCGGUCGGCCCCAGUGAAUGUAAAGGGUUAUUUACUAUAUUGUGACCCCCUUGUAAACUGCCUUAUUUACAGAAUUAGAAAAAAAUGUAAAAUACAAAAGUUAUUCGAUUUUAAAAUUAUGAUUUUUUGACAUAUAUAUCGUACUAGUGACGUCAUCCAUUUGGGCGUGAUGACGUAAUCGACUAUUUUUUAAAUGGGAAUAGGGGUCGAGUGAAAGCUUACUUGAAAGGUUAAUUAAUUCCCUAUUCAGUAAUAUUAACAUUAACAUGAUUAAUUAUACAGGUUGCCCAAAAAAUUGUUUUAAUUAUAUUAAUUGUUUAAUUAAUAAUUUUGGACCCCCUGUAUAAAUCAUGAUCUUAAUGUUUACAGUACUGUAUAGAGAAUUGAAUAACCUAAAAAAUAGUCGAUUACGUCAUCACGCCCAGAUGGAUGACGUCACUAGUACGAUAUAUAUGUCAAAAAAUCAUAAUUAAAAAAUCAAAUAACUUUUGUAUUUUAGAUUUUUUUUCUAAUUCUGUAAAUAGAGCAGUUUACAAGGGGGUCAAAAUAUAGUGAAUAACCCUGUACAUUCAUUGGGGCCGACCGACCAGCUCUGUCCCGUCAUACAGGUGACCGACUAUAAUAACUUUUAUUUAUAUUUAAUUUAGAAUAUGUGUACCGAUUUUCAGCCUUAAUAAAUGGAAAUAAUUACAUUCGUAGGAAAUCAACUUUGAUACCCUCUCAGUAACCCCUGUUCUACGUUUCGCUUGACCGAUUGCAGUAUGUUUCUCUAGACAAUCACGGUCUUCUUUCUUCUUUAAGUGCCAUCUCCGCGGCGGAGGUCGGCAAUCAUCAUAGCUAUUCGUAUUUUAGAAAUGGCUGCUCUGAAAAGUUCAUUUGAUGUACAUCCGUACCACUCUCUCAGGUUGCGCAGCCACGAUAUUCUGCGUCUCCCUAUGCUUCUCUUUCCUUGAAUCUUUCCCUGCAUAAUCAAUUGGAGCAGGCUGUAUCUCUCUCCACGUGUAAUAUGUCCGAGAUAUUCCAAUUUUCUUGUUUUGAUGGUAUUUAGGAUUUCCAUUUCUUUAUUCAUCCUUCUCAGAACCUCUUUGUUUGUAACGUGUUCUGUCCACGAUAUUUUCAGAAUUCUUCUGUACACCCACAGCUCGAAUGAUUCUAGUUUUUUCAUUGAUGCAGCAUUCAAGGUCCAAGCUUCCAUUCCAUAAAACAGAGUGGAGAAAACGUAGCAACCAGCCAACCUAACUCUUAGCUCCAACUUCAAAUCUCUUGUGCAAAGCACUUUCCUCAUUUUGUUAAAAUUUGCUCUAGCCUUUUCUAUCCUGAUUUUGAUUUCCUGUAAGUAAUCUCCUGUGGAGUUGAUCAUUGUUCCAAGGUAUGCAUAUUGAUCGACUCGUUCGAUAUUGGAUCCGUUUAUGACGAGAUUUUCGUUAUUUCUUUGAGUUACUCGGUGACAAUCACGGUAACUAACUGUAAAAAAUUUAGCUUUCGUAAAUUCAGAGAGAUUUUUCAGCGCUGCCUUUUCGUCUAUAAGUAGUGGCAACCAAAGCCUGUUGCAUUAAGCUGUUGGAUUAGCGACACAUUUUUUCUUCAACUACAUAGUAGGAUAAAAACUGCUUCUUUGAUUUUUCUCUUUUUCGUGUCUGUUUCCUUCGUGAUUAUUGAUGAAUCUUUUCACUGUGGUCUGUGUUAAUUGUCCCAGGCAUGUUUGCAUAUCUGUGAUUUGUCGAAAUCCCUGUUUUUGAUGUAUGCUCAAUGCUCGUUUAUCCUGACACUUGGUCCUCUUGCAAUUUCUCCCACAUAGAAAUUGUUGCAUUCACAGUGUAUUUUGUAAAUGCAAUUCUUUGACUUCUUCUUUGUGAACGAAUGCAACUAAAUGUUAAAAGCUGAUUUUAAAAGCUUGAGAAAUAAACUUUAUGGAUCCAGCUACUAUUCAGGAAUUUGUACCCUAUUUAUAUUUCUUAAAAAUAGACGAAUUUGAUUGCCCUUUAUUAAGGGUGUUUUUAUCUCUGAUGGGUACUGGUAAAUUCUGAUGAUGGAUGCCCAACAUAUACUUAAAGGAAUGGUCGGUAUAAGCAUGUGGUCACUUUAUAGAAGUCGCAUGCAGAGGUUUUACUGUAUAUAUAUGUUACAGUUCAAGUUAGAGUUGACUCCAACUAGUUGGAGUCAACUCCAACUGAAACGAGCAGUAAAAGUUGAUUUUAAAAAUUUAAAUCAACUUUUACUAGUUGGAGUUGACUCUUCCUGGAUCGAUUCAGUAAAUGUUGAUUAUACGAGAAUCUCAAGUGCAUUUUUGAUGAGUGUGCGUUUCUUUGUUUUGACCGUUUCAACUACUUAUUAGUAUAGUCUGUAACGUCGCCCCCGUUAGGUAAAUUAUUCUGAUUCGAUUUUUUGCACAAACUUACUCAAAGAAAUACAUCCGUAUAACAAUCCUUAUAACAAAUACACAGGGUGUCACGCGGUACCGCGGUCGAAAAAUUGUUUAACCAAUUUCAGUAAAGUCAGUCAGUAAAGUCAGUCAAUAAAGUGACUCUUUAUCGAACGAGUCUGAUAUUACGAGCAGAGGAAGAGACGCGUUCGAUAAAGAGUAUUGAGGUGGUGCGUACAAAAUUGUAUCGUUAAUCAUAAAAAACAUCAACACUUACUUACAACUUUGAGGAAAUUUUUUUAAUUUUAGACGAAAUAAAAAAUUCGUAUGACAGUAAUGACAGUAAUGACAGAUGACUUUUGCAUGAUGGCCGGUUUUGAUGUUUAAUCGAUAGUUAUCAAUAUUGUAUACCUACCUAAUUACUAAAUCUGUAAAGUUUUGAUUUAUUUUGUAUGAAUAUAAUUGCGAAACACUACAGAAUUUUCCUUUUUGACAUAAAUUUUAUUAAUAAUAAGAUAAAUUUUGUACAAUAUUUUUAAUAAUUAAAGUAAAUAAAUUUUAAUUUCACUCAAAUAAAUAAUCGAUUGCUGCCAUUGACCACGUACAUUCAAUCUCGGUUGAUUUGAUUAAUUAUUGCGGCAGGUAAAGUAACAUUCUUCUUUCAAUACAACAAAGUGUUACUUUACUGCCGAAAAUGAGGGCAAAUGAGUACAAUAAUGAAUGAUUUUAGUGAAGUUUGGCGAUAAACAAUGAUUUUAAACAAAUUCGCAAAAAUACAUAGUUUUUUCACUUCGUACAAAUUUUUUUUAGAUCCGUUGGGCCUUUUUUCUCUAAAAUUAACCAAAACGCCAAAAUAACCAUUUUCAAGGUUUAAUAACUCGGUUAAAGAUAAUUAUUGUGAAAGUCGAGCGAGCGGCCGUGGAGUAACGGCAUAAUCGCUGGCCUCAUACGCCAGUGCACGUGGGUUCCAGCUCUGCUAAAGACAAACCAUUUUCAUUUUCAAUAAUGACACGAGCCGUCUCACCGUGCUUCGGAGAGCACCUUAAGCAGUCGGUCCCCCUGGGCUAGUGUACAUCGACACUAGUUACUUGAAACAGGGUUAAAGAUGUAAUUGGCGCCAGAACUGUCCGAAAGGCAAAAAUGCCAUACGAUAUUAUAUAUUAUGAAAGUCAGAAACUAAAAAAAUCAAAGAUUAAAGCUACCUCUAUAAGAUCCUGAAGAAAUUUUUGUCAUUAUUUCAUUAAUAAGAUAUUAUUUUUAAUUAUCAACAAUGAGCGCUAACCGUGUAUUGAGGCGGCCGUCAAUGCGAGUGCGAGUGAGAUUCACCAUUGGAUGGCUGGAAUGGUGCAUCUCUUUAGCACUCACCAUUGACGGCCGCCUAAUACGCACUUAGCGCUCAUUGUUAAUAAUUAAAGAUAAAGCUUAGUAAUAAAAUAGUGACAACAAUUUCUGCUGGAUCUUGUAGAGGGGGCUAUAAACUUUGAUUUGGUCACUUUCUGACUUUCAUAAUAAUGGAUUUUUAACCGAGUAAUUAAGCCUUGAAAAUGGCUAUUUUCGCAUUUUUCAAAUUUUAAAUCACGUUAACUCGACAACAAUCAAUUUUAGAGAAAAAUCACAAAAUACCUUUUUUGCUCAGAAUAACCCAAAUGAUCUAAAAAAAAUUGUUCGAAGUGAAAAAAUUAUUUUUGUGGAUUUGUCUAAAAAAAAUUGUUUAAACAAUUUAUCGAUCAAAGUACUGCCUGACACCCAGUAGAUUUGUUAUAAGGACCUCUUUUUGAGUAAGUUUGUGCAAAAAAUUCGAAUCGGAGUAAUUUACCUAACGGGGGCGACGAUACAGCCUAGACUAAUUUGAACAUAUUCAGUAACAUUUAAUUUCUAGAAUCGGCUGUUUGUGUGAAUCAGAAUCAACUUUUACUAAAUGGCAUUGGGAAGAGUAUACUUUUCCUAGUUGGAGUCUACUUUUACUAGUAAAUGUUGAAUAUAAAUCUUCAUUUUAUAUUUAUAAUCAACUUUUACUGAAACCAGCCGUUAAAGUUGACUCCAACUAGUUGGAGUCAACUCCAACUGGAUAAUCAACUUGAACUGUAACAUAUACAUUAUUUAUGUAAAAUAGCAAGUUAUAGUAUUUUUACUACAAAAGCGAUAUUACGUAGGUCAAAAUUUUUGACGUAAGAGAACUGUCAAAACAUUAGAAUGUGACUUUUCAUUAUUGCCAUGUUUGUAAUAAACAUGGCAAUAAUGAAAAUUCACAUUCUAAUGUUUUGACAGUUCUCUUACGUCAAAAAUUUUGACCUACGUAAUAUCGCUUUUGUAGUAAAAAUACUAUAUUUUGCUGGUCAGUUUAGUCAUCACAGCAAAUCGCAUUAUCGCAGAACGGAAUUUUUGGAAAGCAUGGGAAUUAAUUUGACUUUGCUUGUUCAAUUUGCAUCGCUUUGCUUGACUCUGCUCUUGUCCAAUCCAAGGAUUGGACAAGAGCAGAAUGUAUGGGAAUAGAAUGGAAUUACUUGGGUUUCUGACUAAAGUUGCCCACUAAUGUUCUUUAGACUUAUUUUUGACUUACUUGAACUAACGUUCUUAAAUUAUUUCGUAUUCACUUGCUUACUAGACAAUUGGGUUUCGUUUUGAUUCAGAGCACACUACGGGCAGUUCUGACGAAUCCAAUAGAAAGAAGUACGUAAACGCGGAUGGUAGUGGUCCCUGAAACAAAAGUAAAUCUUAACUGUCUUUCAAUAAAGUAAAACUGUUAAUGAAAUAACAAAAUAAAAAUUAAUGAACAUAAAAGAAAAAUCAUGCCGCGAUAUUCUGUAUCAACAUGCGGAGACUUAGAAUUUCCCUUCUUAUUCAGUCCGUUCCGCGCAAGGUUCAUAAAUAGACAGGUUGCAUGGUAACUUUCCACCAAUCAGCGUCGAGAAUCUAAUGGCGGGAGUGACGUCACCCAGAAUGCUGCAUUCAAAUUCAUUCACUUCACUCAUUGAAAUGAACUCGGAAAGUAGGAAUGUAUUGAAAAUGUGUAUAUUUAAAAAAAUACGUUUGGAUUUUUAAUGACUAUUUAUUUCAUAUAUUCUUUAAAAAAAUGUGGUAGAUACCUGUAGAGUUACAAAAAUCAUAGAAUAUAAUUGCAAUUAAAUAUAUGCAGUAGAAUAGCAUUACUACUUAAUUAAAGCAGAAGGAGAUUCUUUCUUGUGUAUAUAUGGGACUAAAUCAUUCAAAUAUCCUAGGUAUAUUAAUAAUGGGUUGAAUACAAUUUACUUUUUUUAAAUGAUUUUGAGUAGGUAUAUAAUAAUUUUGAAUUGGGGAUAAUUAGUACAUUAUUAUAAAUUCCUCCUAACAUGUAAACCAUGGUGAAAAAGAGAUUUAACUAAAGAUUUAUGUAUCAAAAUUAGUAGUUUUUCCCUUAAGUUUAACAUAAGAGCAUCUGAUUACGUUAGGUACUGGAUUAUAAUAUCUAAAACUAUUAAAAAAUUAUGAUUCCAUUCAAUAUAGGUACCUGUGAAGUUUUACAUUAACAGUAAAUUAUAAAAAAAUACAAUUUCAGUGCAAUAAAGGGAAUUUUCCCCAUUUUAUAUAUUCAUUUAAUUUAUAAUUGUUUAUUCAAACUAUCUUCAGACAGCUGCAAUAUUGGUUAUAAUUUUAUAUGAAAGAAUUACAUAUAAUAGAUCUAUUAUCUAUAGACUUAAUUAGAUAUAUUGUUCAAUAAGUCUAAGCAGAUUGUAACCUACACAGAUGAUGUAAACUUGAUGUGAAGAACCGCAAGAGACAUUACAGAACUGUAAUGUCUCUAUACAAGAAUGUCCUUUACUAUACAAUACAGCAGAAAGAAAAUCCAGUAAGUAAGUAGGUACUUAAUACAACCACAUUAAAAUGUAUCUUAACACUUAUAAAAGAGUUUUGGGUUUAAGUUAUUAUAUUAAAAACACUUAAUGAUAUCUAUAGAUACAUUAUAUCUCAAGAUAUAAACACAAAUUAAAACACUAACGAUAUUUAAUAACCAAAUAUAGCCUCCAGACCACGUAUCCUAUUAUAUUUACAAACAAUUCGUAAAAUUGAUCGUCUGGGUGACGUCACGAUGACAAUAUUUCAUUUGUCAAUGUCAAAGUUACCAUACAACCUAUGGUAUAGGGACCUUGCGUUCCGCGAUAAUAUCCGGCUUGCUAAACAAACGCUAUAUCAGAUACCUACCUAAUUAAAAAAUAUUAAAGUAGGUAUAUACAAUUAUUUUAGUUUUGUAUAAAUGUAUUAUAUAAUGAUCUUGUAUAAAGUCACAAACCGCCAAGUAAUUAGUGUGAUUUUUACUAAGUAUUUUUAAAUAUUCUAUAGUCUUUUAAGUUUUCUUUUGUAUUUUAUACUGUUUAAUUUCUCAUUAGAUGUAUUAUUGUUAAUAUAAAUCAAACAAUAUAAAAAUG